CGAUUGGAACGGCCAACAACUUAGACGACAGACAGACGCGAGACAACGAAACAAGAUAGGAAAUAAAAGUUAAUUACAACUCAUUUGUACCGAGAGGAGUUACCGUGUGUGGUGAGGGGGGAGGUGAGUGGGUGGAAUGCCCUCCGAGUGGUGAUCAAUGUGAAAAUUUUGACGAAUUUAACGAGUUCAUCGAUAAACGACCGGUCAAUUCAAUUGGAUUCAUUAUUCACGAGCUAUUUAAUAGCAAAAGCUAAUUGUCAAACGGAUAAGAGAGAAGGAGAGAGCUCUCUUACCUGCCACGACAAUUUUCUCACCUCAAAAGCUCAAAAAAUCUGUGCGCGGACGAACGAACGCCCAGAGUUUAUUCAACUAUUUAUCCUCAAGAGAAAGUGAGGAAAGACGAAAGAGACGAGCGCAGUGAGCGCUCAACCUGAAUGUCACGGUAAAAAUUGCCCUGAGGGUGAAAAAAAAAACGGUGGAUCAGUAAAAUUAGUAAAACCCACAAAUUUUGGCAUCAUAAGAGAUCUGGGUGGAGGGCACCCCGUAAAAAAUGGGGGUAGCCGAUGAUUUUGCACCGAGCUUUACGCAAAAGCCUCAGCUGAGGCAAGAGGAUGAUGGAAAUCGUCUGAUAUUCGAGUGCCAACUCGUCAGCGCACCAAAACCUGAAAUAACAUGGUUCAGGGGUGAAACACAGCUCACUGAGGACGACAGGACAAAUUUCAAGAUCCAGAGCAUCGGAGCCAAUAAAUUUCUCGUUGUCCUUGAGCUUGAUGAUGUCAUUGAGACCGAUGCUGGACUGUACAAGGUCAAGGCCAAGAACACCAUGGGUGAAGUUGCAGCUUCCAUCAACCUCAACUUCAGUCCUGCUCAGCCAAAGCUGAGAAAACGACAAAUUGAUGGUAUCGCACCAACAUUCGCGAAAAAACCUGCCAUCAGGCAGGAAGAUGAUGGAAAGCGAUUGGUCUUCGAAUGCCGCAUCACAGCCGAUCCGACACCCAAAGUUACGUGGUUUCAUGAUGGAAAUGUUGUUAAAGAUUCACCGAGACACAAGCUUGCUAUUGAUAAAGACGGUCACUCGUACUUUGCAAGUCUCGAGAUAAAAAAUGUCACCGUUGAGGAUGCUGGAAAAUACAAAGUCAAUGCAACCAACGAACUCGGCGAGUCAAAUGCCACUAUUUCCCUCAAUUUCGAUAGCGACGAAGCGCCCGUACCUGAUGACGGCAUCAAGCCGACAUUCACCGAACGACCCGUCAUUAGACAGUCCGAUGAUGGCAACACUAUUACAUUCGAGUGUCGAUUAGUUGGAGAUCCAAAACCUAGUGUUAAGUGGUAUCACGGGAGCAACGAACUCAAGGAGAGUGGGAGAUUCAAGAUUUCUCUCGAUGUUGACCAGAAACUUUACUAUCUUGCUAGACUACAGAUUAGCAAUGUUGCUAAGGCCGAUGGGGGUGAAUACAAAGCAGUGGCUAAGAACAAAAAUGGACAGGGGACUGCUACGAUUAAUCUCAACUUUGAGGGCGGAGAUAAACCCAAAAUUCCCGACGGCAAGGCACCACGUUUUCCAAAAAAGCCGACGAUUCGUCAAGAGGGCGAUUUGCUAAUAAUGGAGUGCGUCCUCGAGGCCCAUCCGGUCCCCGAUAUAACCUGGUACCAGGGAACAACGGCAAUCAAUGGUAGCUCGAGGAUCAAGAUGUCGAGGAAAGCAACUGGCAAGGACACUUAUUUACUCACCCUCGAAAUCACAAAUCCCACAAAGGCAGACGGUGGAAACUACCGUUGCAAUGCCUUUAACAAUUACGGCGAGAGUAAUGCAAACAUCUCACUCAAUUUCCAAGAAGACGCGGCUGGUUUCGCUCCUACAUUCAUCGAAAAACCGCGCAUCAUUCCGAACGAGAGUGGAACACUUAUCACAAUGAAGUGCAAGUGCAAAGCAAAACCAAAACCGGAAGUCACGUGGUUUCGGGGGACUAAUGUCGUUAAGGAAACCGCUAAGAUAACGAUAAGCGAAAAGUCUGUUGAAGAGGAUGUCUACGAAUUGACUAUGGAGAUAAAAGAACCCUCUGGUCCAGAUGGUGGAACGUACAGAUGUCACGUGGAGAACGAAUUUGGUCAAAGCAAUGCAAACCUGAACCUGAAUAUCGAGGCAGAACCUGAACAGGAAGGUGAUGGUCCGACAUUCGUGGAGAAGCCGAGGAUCCAGUCGUCAGACGGUGGAAAAGUCGUAAUCAUGGACUGCAAAGUCAGCGCAAAACCAAAACCAAAUAUCGUCUGGACUCACGCUGGAAAAAUAAUCAAGGAAUCCUCCAAAAUUACGAUGACUGUCGUCGAGGAAAAGGAGAGUAUCUAUUACAUAAAACUGAUACUCAAUGAUCCUGGGGCAGAUGACUCUGGCCUCUACAAGUGCAAUAUUAAAAACAACUUGGGUGAACUCAAUGCCAAUCUCACUCUGAAUGUUGAAAUUAUCCCGGUGAUCAAGGAGAAGCCCAAGGUCGUGAAAAUUAUCAAGAAGAAGACAGUGAUAGUGGAGUGCACAGUUCUUUCUAAAUUUGCCCCAGAUUGCACUUGGUUCAAGGAAGCGAAGGCUGUCCAGGUCGAUGACAGACACAAACUCCACGUGGAGAAAAUAAAAGAGGGUGAAUUCGCUGUUAAACUCGAGAUCGAGCAGGUGUCCACUGCUGAUAAGGGUAAAUACAAGCUCGUGGCCAGGAAUGAGAAGGGAGAGGCCACCUCUCAGGUUGUCGAAGUUGCUGAACUUCCUGAAGAGGUUGAAAAGCCCAAGAUUGGCUCCGGAUUGAGGAGCAUCACUGUUGAGCAUGGGGAAACUGUUGAGUUCAGUGCUUGUCUCACCAAGCAAGAUAAAAAGAACAAGUGCACUGUCGAGUGGUACAGAGAUUCGAAAAUAAUAACGACAACAAAGAAUAUCAGCAUUUCAUUCAAUGGAAUUGAAAUGAAACUUGUUAUAACUUCUUCAACUGAAGAAUUCAGUGGAACCUACAAAGUUGUGGUGAGGAAUGAAGCAGGACAGGAUGAAUCCAGUGCUAGCCUCACUGUCAAGAAACGCGAGGAGAAGAAAGAGGAGGAAGAGGAGGAGAAAAAGAAGAAAAAAAUCGUGAAAAAGAAGAAAGAAGAGGAGGAGACGAUUGAGGAGGUGAGGAAAGAAGAGGAGAAGAAGGAGGAAAAGAAGAAGGAAGAGAAGAAAAAAGUUGACGAGAAGAUUGAGGAAGUGAAGACGAUCGAGGAGAAAAAGAAGGAAGAGAAGAAGAAGAUCGAGGAAAUUAAGACAAUCGAGGAGAAAAAGAAAGAAGAGAAGAAGAAGAUCGAUGAAGUGGCGAAAGUCGAAGAGAAAAAGAAGGUAGAGAGGAAGAUCGAAGAAAAAAUCGAGGAUGUCAAGAAAAUCCAGGACAAGGAAAAAUCGGUAUCAAAUUCGAUAAAUGGAGAUGAGGACAGCGUAAUGACUCAAGAUGCUGAUAAUCUGGUCAGUCUCGACGAUUCAAGUGCUGAUGAAACAAUUGUCGACGAACAGUCAGAGAUUUCUCAAUCCAUUUCAGUCGUUGAGGAAAAACCAGACACUAAACCAAAUGGUAUCGCAAAACCAGAGCAGAAAAAAGAAGUCUUGCAGAAGAAAGACGAACAGGUGAACAAUGUUGAAGUGAUUGAGGAGAGGAAAUCCCUCAAGAAGAAGACUGAUACACCAGAGGACAAGAAGGAACCUGAGAAGAGGAAGAGCCUGAAGAAGAAGGAGCCUGAAGCCAAGGAUGCAUCACGAGAGACAACACCCAAACCUGACAAAAUAUCUUCUCGCAAAUCCUCGAUCAGUCGUGUCGAGGAGUUGAAGACGGAGAGCCGACGCAGCUCUCUUAUAUCAACUACUGAGGAAACGGUUGAUGAGGAAAAAUCUGAGAGUCGUCGAUCCUCAAUCGCCAGGAGAAAGGAGUCGGUCUCAUCCGAAAAGAGAGAGGAAUCCGCGGUGAAAGCCAGACCAAAUGAAAAAAUCACAGACACGAAGAAACCUGAGAAAUUGUCAGUGGAAGAACCCACGGUAGCGAAGAAACGUCCGUCGAUUUCAAAGAAGAAAACACCUGUGGAAGAGGCCAAGGCUCAGCCCGAUCUCGCGGAUGAGAAGAAAAAACCUGAGGACGAUAAGCCCAGGGCUAGUCUCAAAAAACCAGAGCCACCGAAGGAAGAGCCCAAACCCAAAACCACUGCCCCUGACACAGAAAACGCAAAGGAUGAAUCCACUCGUAAACCCAGUGUGACAAAACCGGAAUCCCCGAAGGAGGCAGCGAAACCACAAUCGACUCUUGGCAAGCCCGAGGAACUCAAGAAGGACGGACUUACCCCAAAACCCAAAAGUACUCUCCGCAAACCGGAACUUCCUCAGAAAGAAGAGGCAAUCCUGCGAAAGACUAGCUUGAAACCCGUCCAAAAGCCAGAAGAGAAGAACUUGAACGAUGUCAAGCUCAAGAAAACAGAGAAAGGGGAGAAGCAGGACGUGAAGAAGAUGAAGGGAUCGAAAGCUGACAAGGAGAAGAGCUAUGAGCUGCCAGAAAUACCAGAUUAUGAGCGCGCGGUCCUAGAAAAGCCCCAGGAGUUCGAAUUCAGUGCAUAUGAGGGACGUGAUAAGACGAAACUCGAACGUCCAUCCACUCAGAAAUUCGACUCCAAGCCCAAAGUACCAGAGAUUAAGACACCGGAGAUCAAGGCCCCAGAGGCACCGACGAUCGAAGUAUCCAAGGAGAAAUCACCGACUCCAUCGCCUCUUGGAAGCAGAAGACCCUCUCUGGUGCCCAGUGGAGCUGGUAGCAGGAGAGGAUCCUUGAUUCCUCCAGAGGAAUUGGGUCGCAGGGCCAGUCUUAUCAUCAGUGACGAGGACAAUAGGAAACUUCGUCCCGGUGAGGUGAUUGAGGAGAAGAAGAUCAGGCACGGUCGACCUGGUGAGGUGCAAACCGGAAGACAGAGACGUCGCCCAAGUGCGGACCUCAGGAGACCAAGCGUGGCGGACCUAGAGAAUAGAAUCAACCAACCUAGUACACCCCUCCGAGAUGUUGGAUCCGGUGGGCCACCCUCAAUUGUCGACGUGCAGGAGUCGUACCCCGUGGUGGAGGAUGCCACGGGGUACGUCACCGUUCAGGUCGAGGGUAAUCCAGCGCCGACCUUUAAAUGGUACAAAGGCAUGACCGAGAUCCACGAGGGUGGUAGAUUCAAGUUCCUCACCGACUCCGAGACCAACACCAUCACCCUCUGCAUGAGAAAAGUCAAGCCCAAUGAUGAGGGACAGUAUAAAAUUGUUGUCAGCAAUAUUCAUGGCGAGGAUUCCGCCGAAAUGGCUGUCUACGUCUCCGAUGCCAGUGGCAUGGACUUCCGGUCGAUGCUGAAGAAACGGAAGUACGCAAAAUGGGGGAGAGAUAAGGAUGAAUUAGAGAAACCUGAUCUAAAGGAAGUGGAGAAACCGUCGGUGGCUUUGAAAAAAGUUGAGAGGAAGCAAGACUCAUUCCUCAAACCUCUGGUCGAUCAGUAUGCCAAGGAAGGCAAGGACAAGAAGGUCAGCUUCGACGCCAACUUCUCGAAACCCAAUGCCAAACCCAAGUGGUUCUUCAGGAAGGAUGAACUCUUCCCAUCGCCAAAGUAUAAAUUUAAAAAUGAAGAAGAUUCGUAUCAGCUCAUCAUUUCAAAUCCCAAAGUCGAGGACACUGGAAAGUACACGAUUGAUAUCGGUGGAAUAACCAGCACUGCUUUUCUGAAUGUCGAUGAGCCCGACCCAUCAUACACAUUCAUUAAGCCCCUGUCAAAGCAAUCAGCAGGUUACACAAGACACGAAGUCUUCAUGGAGUGCACUCUGAGCUCAAACAUGGCAACAGUCACCUGGUACAAGGGCAAGACAAAACUGGAGGAUGGCGAUGUCUACAGCAUCUCCAAGGACAUGUCAGGUGUUUGCAGGUUGACAAUAAAGAAGGGAAAAUUGGAGGACAGCGGUGAGUACAUCUGCAAAAUCAACAAGCAGACGGAGAAGACAGAGACUGUCCUGACAGUGGAGGACUACCCCUACAAGUUCGUCAAAGUCCUCAAGCACCAGACAACAACCGAGAAAGAAACGAUAACUCUCCUCUGCGAGCUGGACGAUGAGGCUGGAGACGUGGAGUGGUUCAAAGGUGAUCAGAAAAUAACAGCUGACAAACGAGUUCAAAUAAAAGAGGAUGGCCGCAAGCGAAAGCUCGUCAUUAAGGACUGCAAGGUGACGGAUGCAGGACUUUAUUCAUGUGUCAGCAAUGCGGACAAGACCGAGGCUGAGAUCAUCGUCAACUACCUGAAUCGUUUCAACAAGAAGCUAAAAGACACAACAGCUGUUGAACGUGAGAAAUUGGUACUCGAUGUUGAACUUCAAGAUCAGACAGCACCAGCUGAAUGGUUCUUCAAUGGAAAACCCAUCGAGCCAAACGACAGGAUUGAGAUUAAAAAUUUGGGUGGAGGUAAACACCAGCUGGUAUUCAACAAGGCAGAGAUGACGGACGACGGAGAGAUCACGUGCAAGAGUGGAGAGUUGAGCAGCAGCUGUCAGUUGACAGUGAGAAAGGGUGAAAGCAAACCAAUAGCUGAGAUACCGGACAAGAUUGAGGGACCGUGUGCAUCCCCGAUUGUCUUCACGAUACCCUACAAGGUCGAGGGAACGAAACAGACACCUGUGGAGGCAAAACUGAUGAAGGACGGAAAGGCCCUGCCCCUCAAGGAUGUCGAGAUCGUCGUGGGAGAGGAUAAGAUCACCUUCAAGAUCAAAAAACCUCAGAGGGAUCUUUCUGGCAUCUACCAAGUGAGAAUUGGCAAUGGACAGGGUGAAGAAGUAAAAGACGUAAAUGUCGUAAUGCAGGACGCUCCAUCGCCACCACGGGACGUCGACGUUACUGAUGUCUUCGCCACGUCGUGCGUCGUCUCCUGGAAGCCCUCUGAGGAUGACGGCGGCUCUCCCAUCACGAAAUACGUGAUAGAACGCCUGGACAUGAGCCUGAAAAAUCAGUGGGACAGUGUGGGUGAGGUACUCCCAACAGAAAAAUGUAAAUUCAAAGUUGAAGACUUGAAGACGAAGAAGGAGUACAAAUUCAGGAUUCGUGCGGUUAAUAAAAUAGCCUCGAGUGAACCAGCGACAUUUGGAAAGCCUGUCCUGGCCAAGGACCCCUGGGACGAGCCUGGAAAACCUGGUAAUGUGGAAGUCGUCGACUGGGACGUGGAUCAUGCGGAUUUAACCUGGACGAAACCUGAGAGUGAUGGAGGUGCACCCAUCACUGGAUACGUCAUCGAGUACAAGGAGAAAUUUGGCAAGGAGUGGGUCAAGGGGAAGGAGAUCGAGGGUGAUGUCACCAAGGGGACAAUCGAUGGUUUGAAAGAGGGUGGACAGUACGAGUUCAGAAUUCGUGCUGUCAACAAGGCUGGACCUGGCACACCAUCUGAGCCCACUAAACCAAUAAUAGCUAAAUGCAGAUUUGUCAAGCCAUUCAUCAUUGGUGAUCAGCUGACGAAUCUUGUUGUUAAGAAAGGACAGGUUAUCAAGUACGAUAUCAAGUAUGGUGGAGAACCCGAGCCUGAGGUCAAGUGGUUCCUGGGGACCAAGGAACUCGUUCAAGAUGCUGGUGAGAGAAUUACCAUUGAUAAGUACGAACGCAAUACAGUACUCACUGUCAGAAAAACUCUUCGUGCUGAUUCGGGUAAGUAUAAAUUGCUCCUCAGCAAUGGAUCUGGCCAGUGCGAGAGCAUGGCCGAUGUUGUCGUGCUGGAUAAGCCAACACCACCCAAGGGACCACUUGUCACUGAAGAAGUACGAUCUGAUCAUAUCACUGUCAAGUGGAAGAAACCCGUUGAUGAUGGGGGUACUGACAUCACCGGAUACGCCCUCGAGAAAAUGGAUAUGGACACUGGACGAUGGAUUCCUGCUGGUGAAGUUGGACCUGAGAUGGACACCUUCACAUUCCCAGGUCUCACCCAGAACAAGAAGUACAAGUUCAGAGUUAAAGCGAUAAACAAAGAGGGAGAGUCUGAACCACUUGUCACCGAUGAGGCCAUCGUUGCUAAGAAUCCGUACGACGAGCCUGAUAAACCUGGAAAGCCUGAGAUCUUUGAUUACGAUAAUAUGAGUGUAUCGCUGAGAUGGGCGAAGCCUGAGAAGGACGGAGGUCGUCCAAUUACUCAUUACGUCGUAGAAAUGAAGGACAAGUUCUCGCCGGAUUGGGUGGAAGUCAUGAAAACACCUGAUGCCACUGCUGAGGCCAAGGUCGAGGGACUCAAAGAGAAAAUGGUUUAUCAGUUCAGGGUUCGUGCUGCUAAUAAAGCUGGAUUGUCACAGCCCAGUGAACCCACUGAUAAUCACAUCUGCAAGCACAGGAAUCUUAAGCCUAGAAUUGAUCGUACAAACUUGAAGUCGGUUGUUAUCAAGGCUGGACGCAAUCACAAGUGGUCUGUCGAUGUCAUUGGUGAACCGCCACCAGUCAUCAAUUGGAUCUGGAGGGACAAUAUUCCCCUGACCUCCACCGAGAGGAUUAAAAUCGAGAAUGUCGACUAUCACACUGACUUCAGCAUCAUCAAUGCUGUGAGAAAGGACACUGGCAAGUACACUAUCACUGCUGAAAAUGUCAAUGGAAGGGACGAGGAGAGUGUCGAACUGACAGUUCUUGGGAAGCCUGAUGCACCUGGUGGACCACUCGUUGUGUCAGAUGUUACAAAUAAAUCGGCCAAAGUCAAGUGGCAGAAACCCGAGGACGACGGUGGAGUGCCAAUCAAGGAGUACGAGAUCGAGAGAAUGGAUACCAAAACUGGAAAGUGGGUGAGAUGUGGAAAAGUACCUGGUAAUUCUCCCAACACUGAGUUUGAGAUCACUGGAUUGAAUCCAGGUAGUGAGUACCUCUUCAGAGUGACAGCUGUCAAUGAUGAAGGUGACUCUGAGCCACUCACCAGCGAAAAACCAAUUCUCGCUAAAAAUCCAUUCGAUGAACCACACGCACCAGGAACACCUCUCAUCACGGAUUAUGAUAAUGAGUCUGUCAGCAUCAAGUGGACAGCCCCAGAUUUCGAUGGUGGUGCACCAAUAGAGAAAUACAUUAUCGAGAAGAAAGACAAGUACAAGCCUGACUGGGAGAAGGCUAUGGAGGUGCCAGCAACGGAUGAUCUCACAGCCAGAGUUGAUGGCCUGAAAGAUCGAGCUGAGUAUCAGUUCAGAGUUAUAGCUGUCAAUAAGGCAGGGCUUUCUCCACCAUCUGGUGCUUCUAAAAUGCAGAUGGUUAAGCACAAAGCCCUGAAACCGAGAAUCGAUCGUACGAAUUUGAAGCCAAUUGUUGUGAGGGCUGGCAAAACAAUAAAAUACGACGUUGAUGUACGUGGUGAGCCUCCACCCGAGAUCACCUGGUAUCACAAGGACACUCUUGUGAAAUCUGGUGAGAACAUUGAAAUUGUCAAUGUCGAUUACAACACGAAGAUCACGAUAUCAGAAGCUCUUCGGAAGAAUACUGGGGUGUGGAAGAUUAAGGCGGUUAAUGCUUCUGGAGAGGAUGAGGCAGAGGUCGAGGUGACCGUUCUAUCGGCUCCUGGUAAACCAAAGGGUCCCCUCAAGGUGUCGGACGUCACGAAAAAUGGAUGCAAACUCAAGUGGGAGAAGCCAGAGGAUGACGGUGGUAAACCCAUCACUGGGUACCAAGUCGAGAAGCUUGACAAGACAACAGGACGUUGGGUGCCAGUUGGCAGGACCAAUGACACAGAGAUGGAUGUCAAAGGAUUGGCAGAUGGACAUGAGUACGAAUUCCGAGUCAAGGCGAUCAAUGAAGAGGGCGAGUCCGAGCCACUGACAACAGACCGUGCAAUUGUCGCGAAAAAUCCAUUCGACGCUGCUGACAGACCUGGAGUACCUGAAUUUGAGGACUGGGAUGUCGACAGGGUAGAUCUCAAGUGGAAGCCACCGAAGAGCGAUGGAGGUGCCCCAAUCACUGGUUAUAUUAUCGAGAAGAAAGAAAAAUUGUCACCGCACUGGGAGGAGGCAGCUGAGACCACUGGACCCGAACCAAAGGGUCGAGUUGAGGGCCUCAUCAAGGGCAAAGUUUAUCAAUUCCGGGUCCGAGCUGUUAACAAGGCUGGACCCUCCGAACCCAGUGAUCCAACGAAACCCCACACCGCCAAGGCUAGAUUCCUCAAGCCCCACAUCAAUCGUGAGAAACUUCAGCAGAUAAAAGUUCGCGCUGGUCAGCACGUGAAGCUUGAGGUUGACGUCGAGGGUGAACCACCACCAACCAUCACCUGGGCACGUGGUGCUAAAGUCCUGGAGAACACUCCCAAUCUGAAGAUCGAGAACGAGGACUACCUCACCAGAAUCAAUAUGUCCCAUACGACACGCAAGGACACGGGCAAAUACACGAUUACAGCUGUCAAUGACUCAGGCCGCGACGAGGCUGACGUUGAGAUAAUAAUUUUGGAUAAGCCUGACAAGCCAGAGGGACCGCUGGAGGUGGUGGAUGUUCACAAAGAGGGAUGCAAGCUCAAGUGGAAGAAACCGAAGGACGACGGUGGACUUCCUCUCUCGUCGUACAUCGUCGAGAAGAUGGACGUCACCACGGGGAGGUGGGUUCAAGCUGGUGUUGUCGAUCCUGAGAAAACCGAGGCAGUUAUCACGGGAUUGGAGCCUGGACACAAGUACGAGUUCAGGGUCAAGGCUGUCAAUGAAGAGGGCGAGUCAGAGCCACUCAACACAGACACUGCGAUCGUCGCCAAAAAUCCAUACGACGCACCAGCAGCACCUGGACUACCGGAAAUCAUCGACUGGACUGAGAACACCGUGACUCUCAAAUGGGAACCUCCUCACAGAGAUGGUGGUGCUCCCAUCACUGGUUACAUUCUCGAGAUGAAGGAGAAAUUUGGUACUAAUUUCGUCAAGGCUGCGGAGACCUUUGGCCCCAAGUGCGAGGGAAUUGUGCCGAAAUUGGUUGAGGGUAAUCAGUAUCAAUUCCGGGUACGUGCUGUCAAUAAAGCAGGACCUGGUGAACCAAGUGAAGCUACUAAUCUUCACACUGCCAAGGCCCGAUGGCUCAAACCCCACAUCGACAGGACAAAUCUCAAUCCACUGACUGUCAAAGUCGGUCUGACAAUUAGUCUCGAUGUCAAUAUCAUCGGUGAACCCCCACCAACGAUUUCCUGGAGCUUCAAGGACUCGCCAAUCCAGACAGAUGACGUCUACCGAAUCGACAACAUCGAUUACAACACAAAAUUCUUUGUUUUGAAAGCGAAACGAACGCACACUGGAAUAUACAAGAUCUUCGCGAAGAAUGAAGUCGGGGAGGACGAGGCAGAGAUCGAGAUCACAGUCUUGGGUAAGCCCUCGAAGCCAAAAGGACCACUGGACGUCACCGACGUGACCAAACACGGUUGCAAGCUCAAGUGGAAACGACCAGAGGACGACGGGGGUUCCCCCAUUGAAUAUUAUGAGAUCGAGAAGCUGGAUCCACUGACAGGUAUGUGGAUACCGUGCGCCAGGGCAACUGAGCCCGAGGCCAACAUCACUGGCCUCCUGGAGGGUAAGCCAUACAAAUUCCGGGUGAAAGCUGUCAACAAGGAAGGGGAGUCCGAGGAGCUAGAGGCGGACAAAUCCAUCAUCGCCAAAAAUCCUUUCAACGAACCCAGCAAACCUGGACGUCCAGAUGUCAAGGACUGGGACAAGGACUUCGUAGAUCUGGCUUGGUCACCCCCUGACGACGAUGGAGGUGCUAUUAUCGAGAAAUAUAUCGUCCAGAUGAGGGAUAAGGAUGGCAGACAGUGGGUGGAUGCUGCGAUGGUUGUCGGGGAUAAAACUCACGCCAAAGUCACUGAGGGAAUUGAACCUGGGCACGAAUAUGAAUUCAGAGUUGUGGCUGUCAAUAAAGCAGGUGCCAGUGAACCCAGUGAUGUCUCGAAGUCUGUGAUAGCGAAGCCGAGAUUCCUUGCACCCAGGAUCGAUCGGAAAAACUUGGGAAAGAAGACGCUGAGAGUUGGACAAAUGCUGAGGCUCGAGGCGGAUAUCAAGGGCGAGCCACCGCCAUCCGUCACCUGGAAAUACAAGGACGCUAUCCUCAAGAGCGUUGAUCGUCUCAAGAUCGAUAACGAGGAUUAUCACACCCUCUUUAUUCUCAGUAAGCUCCAGAGAGCUGACACUGGGAGCUACGUCGUCACUGCCAAGAAUGAAAGUGGAACGGACGAAGUAGAGAUCGAAGUUAUUGUCACCAGUAAACCCAGCAAGCCAAAAGGACCGCUGGAUGUGGCUGAUGUGACGGCUGAUGGGUGUAAACUCAAAUGGAAAGCACCUGAGGACGAUGGAGGGGAGCCAAUCGACCAUUAUGUCGUUGAGAGGAUGGAUGUGGACACUGGAAGGUGGGUGCCAUGUGCGCAAACGAAGAAUCCGGAGGCAGAGAUCACUGGACUCAAUGAGGGAAAGGAUUACAUGUUCAGGGUGAAGGCUGUCAAUGCUGAGGGUGACUCUGAGCCUCUCGAGACUGAUAUUCCGAUCACUGCUAAGAAUCCUUUCAAGGAACCCGAUCCACCUGGUAAGCCUGAGUUCAAGGACUGGGACAAGAGGCAUGUCGAUCUCAAGUGGACAGCACCAAAGAGGGAUGGAGGCGCUCCCAUUGAAAAAUAUAUUAUUGAGAAGAAGGAUAUGUAUGGCAAGUGGCAGAAGGCUGCUGAGGUACCUGGAAAUCAGACUCGUGGCACCGUUGAUGAUCUCACUGAGGGACAGAAAUACCAAUUCAGGGUGAAGGCUGUUAAUAAAGGGGGUGUCUCUCAACCAAGUGAUCCCAGUGAUAUUCUCACAGCUAAGGAUCGAUUUGCUGCACCCAGGAUUGACAGGACCAAUCUCAGAGAUCUCACCAUCAAAGCUGGCAAUCAUAUUCGUCUCGAUGUCAAGGUCAGUGGCGAACCACCUCCAGUCAAGGUCUGGUGGCAUAAUAAAGUCAAGAUGGAAGAUGGACAAUUUGUCCAGAUCGAGGUUGAGGAUUAUAAGACCAAGUUUAUGGUCGGGUCUGCCACUAGGGCACAUUGUGGAACACUCACGUUGAAAGUGGAGAACGACUCUGGGAGGGAUGAGGCCACGAUCGAUAUUCUUGUACUUGAUAAACCUGGAAAGCCUGAGGGACCUCUUAAAGUCUCUGAUGUUCAUAAGGAGGGGUGCACUCUCAAGUGGAAUUCACCUCUCGACGAUGGUGGAGUACCCAUCGAACAUUAUGUUGUGGAAAAACAGGAUGCCGAGACUGGCAGGUGGAUUCCUGUGGGAAGAACCAAGGAACCCAACUUCGAGGUGGAUAAUCUUGUGCCUGGGCAGGAGUAUAAGUUCAGAGUUGCUGCGGUUAAUGCCGAGGGCGAAUCUGAGCCUCUGGUAACGGAUCACAGUAUUGUGGCGAAGAAUCCAUUCGACGAGCCAGGCGCACCAGGUCGUCCCGAGGCAACCGACUGGGACAAGGAUCACGUCGACCUAAGAUGGACUCCACCGUUGACUGACGGUGGAAAUCCAAUCACUGGUUACGUAAUCGAAAAACGAGAGAAGAAUUCCCCGAAGUGGGUGAAAGCAUGCGAAACGGUUGGCCCCGAGUGCAAAGGUCGAGCUGAAAAUCUCGAUGAAGGAACUGAGUACGAGUUCAGGGUCAGGGCAAUAAACGCAGCUGGUCCCGGUGAACCCUCCGACGCCUCGAAAUCUGUCAUCGCUAAGUGCCGACGAGUACCCCCGAAGAUUGAUCGCCGCAAUCUUCGAGACGUUAAUUGUCGUGAAGGAGAGCGAUUCCACUUCGACGUAAAGGUAUCCGGUGAACCCGCACCAGAUGUUACCUGGUUAAUCAAUGAGAAGAGUGUGCACGUGACAACUCAUCGCAAAGUCGUCAAUGAACCGAACAAUACGAAAUUCUACAAUGACAAAGCUGAGCGGAAAGACACUGGCAUAUACAAAAUUACAGCUGUCAAUCAAUAUGGCAGCGAUACAGCUGAAGUCGAGGUCAUUGUCGUCUCGAAACCAUCGAAGCCAGAGGGUCCCCUGGACGUCUCGGACAUCCACAAGGACGGUUGCACCCUUAAAUGGAAAAAACCGAAGGACGACGGUGGUGAGCCGAUCGAGGGCUACCUCGUCGAAAAAUAUGAUCCAGAGACCGGUGUCUGGUUGCCAGUUGGUAAGUGUGCAGGGACAGAGAUGAAGGUGGAGGGCCUAACCCCAGGUCAUGAAUACAAAUUCCGAGUGAAAGCCAUUAAUUCCGAGGGUGAAUCCGAGCCCCUGGAGACUUAUGGCUCGAUUAUCGCAAAGGAUCCGUUCACGGUUCCAUCGGCACCUGGUGCACCAGAACCCACCGACUGGUCAGCAAAUACUGUUGACCUGAAAUGGCGAGAGCCCUUCACAGACGGUGGAUCACCAAUCACUGGGUACAUAAUCGAGAAAAAAGAUAAAUACAGUACGAUGUGGGAGAAGGCAAUGGAGACAACUGUACCUCAACCAGAGGCUCACAUCACAGGUCUCAUCGAGGGAAAUGAGUACCAGUUCAGGGUUAUCGCUGUCAAUAAAGCGGGACAAUCCGAGCCUGGAGAUGUCAGCAAGACAUUCCUGGCGAAACCUCGAUUCUUAGCCCCGAAAAUUGACAGGAGACACCUCAGGGAUAUCACUCUAUCAGCCGGAUCCACCCUGAAAUUCGAUGCUGCAAUAACCGGAGAACCACCACCACAUGUUGAAUGGCGAUGUGGAUCGGUACCAAUUGUUGCUGGAAAAACAACAAUCCUGGAGAAUCCACCAUACAGCACUAAACUCAUUAUUCGUCCUGUAAAGCGGGGCAACAGUGGUGAAUACGUCGUAACAGCCAGCAAUUCCUCAGGUAAGGACCAGGUGACCAUUCAGGUGAUCGUCACUGACAAGCCAACUGCCCCUGAGGGGCCCCUGCAGAUAUCAAAUGUUCACAAGGAGGGAUGCAAGCUCAAGUGGAAACGACCCCUGGACGACGGUGGAACUCCCAUCGAUUAUUAUCAAGUCGAGAAAAUGGAUCCAGAGACUGGAUGCUGGGUGCCCUGUGGUCGUUCAACCGAGCCGAAUAUCGAUGUGACUGGAUUGACACCAGGAAAGGAGUACAAAUUCCGUGUCUCGGCUGUUAACUCCGAGGGCGAAUCUGAGCCCCUCACAGCGGAGGAGACAAUAAUCGCGAAAAAUCCAUUUGACGAGCCAGGAAAACCUGGAAAUCUCAAGGCAACAGACUGGGAUAAGGACCACGUGGACCUCAAGUGGACACCACCAACGGAGGACGGUGGAUCUCCCAUUCUGGGUUACAUAAUCGAGAAGAAGGACAAAUAUGGAGACUGGGAGAAAGCAGUUGAAGUACCAGCUGACGUCUGCUUUGCCAAAGUACCAGAUCUAAUCGAGGGACAGCCCUACGAGUUCAGGGUACGCGCCGUCAAUGCAGCAGGCCCCGGCGAUGCCUCAGAUCCCACACCAACGAUUAUCGCUAAACCUCGAAAUCUCGCUCCAAGGAUCGAUCGAACUAAUCUCAUCGACAUCAAGAUCAAAGCUGGCCAGAACUUUAACUUCGAUGUUAAGGUUACUGGUGAGCCACCACCAACGACUCGAUGGCAGCUUGCCAACAGGGAGUUGAGCGCGAGCGAUCGUAUAAAGAUAAAACACGUGGAUUAUGCCACCAGUAUCAGUGUGAGAAUGGCAACGAGAGCUGAGUCUGGUAGAUAUACUAUUGUUGCUGAGAAUAUCAAUGGAAUCGAUACUGCUGAUGUCAGGGUGACAGUAUUGGAUAAACCUGGAGCACCUGAGGGACCACUCCGGGCAUCUGAUGUUCAUGCUGAGGGCUGCACACUCACCUGGAAUCCACCAGAGGACGAUGGGGGUCAGCCAAUCGAGAAUUACGUCGUCGAGAAGAUGGACGAUGCUACUGGCAGGUGGGUACCUGCCGGUGAGACCUCAGGUCCGGAGACAAGUCUCAAAGUCGAUGAUCUCAUACCGGGACAUAAGUACAAAUUCAGGGUGCGUGCCGUUAACAAACAGGGGAAAUCCGAUCCUCUCACUAUGGCCAAGAAUAUCGAGGCGAAGAAUCCAUUUGAUCAGCCUGGAAAACCCAGUACUCCAACCAUCACUGAUUAUGAUACUGAUUUCGUGGAACUCGGGUGGACUCGACCUGUCGAAGACGGUGGAUCACCAAUCACUGGGUAUAUUAUUGAGAAAAGGGAUAAGUUCAAUCCAAAUUGGGAGGAGUGUGCCAAGGUCGAUGGGGAUGUGACCCAUGGAAGGGUUCCAGAUCUCAUAGAAGGUACUCAAUACGAAUUCAGAGUGAGGGCUUUAAACAAGGGUGGACCUGGUGAGCCAUCAGACUCCACAAGACCCCACAUUGCCAGACCUAAGAAUUUACCACCCAAAAUUGAUCGCAAGUACAUGCUCGAUGUUAAAGUACGUGCUGGUGGCUUCUUCGAUUUCGAUGUUCCAGUUAUUGGGGAGCCACCGCCGUCGAAGGAGUGGACGUUGAAGGGAGUGACAGUCAGCAAUGACGAUCGUAUCAAAAUCACCAAUACCGAUUACAACACUAAAGUCCGAUUCAUGGAUGCACAUCGUCCUGAUUCGGGUGUGUACACGUUGACUGUUAAAAAUCUCAAUGGCAUGGACAGUGCAACACUCAAUGUGAUCGUCAUGGACGUUCCUUCGCCGCCUGAGGGGCCCUUGAAGGUCGAGGAUGUAACCCGAAAUGGGUGCUCUCUCACUUGGAGAACACCAAGGGACGAUGGUGGCUGUGAGAUUCUUCAUUACACCGUCGAGAAGAUGGACUCUGAAAGUAUGAGGUGGGUUCCUGUUGCUGAGGCUGAUCACUGCGCCUGUAGGGUUGAUCAUCUCAUUGAGGGUCACUCCUACACCUUCAGGGUUCGUGCUGUUAAUAAAAUGGGUGAAUCUCAGCCACUGACUGGCGUUGACGAGAUCACAGCUAAGGAUCCGUUUGGCAAACCCAAUAAACCAGGACAGCCAAUUGCCACUGACUGGGAUAAAGAUCACGUAGAUCUGGAGUGGACACCACCGAAGAACGACGGUGGAGCUCCCAUCACUGGAUACAUCAUCGAGAAACGUCCGAGAUUUGGACAGUGGGAGAAAGCUGCUGAGAUUCCUGGAAAAGCCUGCAGUGGUACUGUUCCUGAUUUAACUGAAGGACAGGAGUAUGAGUUCCGGGUUAUUGCUGUAAAUAAAGCAGGCCCGGGUGAGCCCUCUGAGGCGUCAGCUCCAGUGAUCGCUAAACCCCGAUUCCAAGCACCAAUAUUCGAUCGACAUCUACUCAGGGAUAUGACUGUACGCGCUGGACAAAAAAUUCUUUACGAUAUUCCCAUUCAGGCAUCACCGAAACCCACUGCCUACUGGAGCAUCAAUGACGUACCAGUGGAGCAAGAUCUUCGUCACGACAUCUUCACCACAACAACCAGCACGACAUUCGAGAUACCAUUUGCCCAGAGAUCUGAUGCUGGACGUUAUAAAUUGACUCUGAUAAAUGAUCAUGGCAAAAUCACAGCUGGUGCGACUGUCACGGUCAUUGACAGGCCAUCACCACCUGAGAGGCCUCUCGUCGUCAGUAAUGUCUCUAAAGACAGCUGUCAUCUGUCGUGGUCAGCACCUCUGGACGAUGGCGGCAGUCCAAUUCUCCAUUAUAUAAUCGAAAAAAUGGAUGUGUCGAGGGGCACGUGGUCAGACGCUGGAAUGGCAAUGACCCUGAACCAUGAGGUGUACAGAUUGACACAUCGUAAGGAGUAUCACUUCAGGGUGAAGGCUGUCAACAAUGUUGGAGAGUCAGAUCCCCUGGAGACAACCAAGAGCAUCAUCGCGAGAAACGAGUUCGACGAGCCCAGUGCACCUGGCAAGCCCAAAAUCACUGAUUGGGAUAAGGAUCAUGUGGAUCUAACCUGGCCGGCACCAGAGAGCGACGGUGGUUCUCCAAUCACUGGGUACAUCGUCCAGAAGAAGGAGAAGGGAAGUCCCUACUGGAUCAAUGCCUGUCACGUACCCUCCGGCAAAACCAGUGCCACUGCACCGGAUUUGACUGAGGGACAGGAAUACGAGUUCCGAAUUAUUGCUGUCAAUGAUGCUGGACAGUCUGAGCCCUCGGAGCCCAGUGACGCUGUCAUCGCCAAGACGAGAUUCCUUGCGCCGAAGAUCAAGACACCACUGGAGGAUAUACGCAUUAAAGCCGGUCUCGUCUUUCACGUGGAUAUUGAUUUCGUUGGAGAGCCAGCGCCGGCUGUCACGUGGACCGUUGGUCCUAAACCCUUGGAAACGACUGAACGAACGACAAUUACCUCGAUUGGAUAUCACACUAUUGUCCACACGGUCAAUGCCAAGAGGACAGAUUCUGGUCGUUACAACCUACAUUUGAAGAACGACAGUGGAACUGACGAGGGCAGCUUUAACCUCAUCGUACUGGACAGACCAGGACCCCCAGAAGCUCCACUGGAGUACGAGGAGAUCACCAGUCAAUCGGUGACACUCUCCUGGAAACCACCGAAGGACAAUGGAGGCAGUGAGAUCACUGGUUAUGUCAUCGAAAAACGCGACCUGACACACGGUGGGGGAUGGGUACCAGCGGUGAAUUACGUGAAUCCAAAGCAGACAUAUGCAACUGUUCCACGUCUCCUGGAAGGUACCAAGUACGAGUUCAGGGUGUCCGCUGAGAAUUUGCAGGGUCGUUCAGAUCCCCUCAAGACAGAUCGUGCCAUUGUCGCGAAGAAUCAAUUUGUUGUGCCAGGACAACCUGGUAAACCCGAGUGCAUCGACGCCGACAAGGAUCACAUCACCAUCAAAUGGACAGCACCAAUCAGCAAUGGAGGAUCUCCAAUUCUCGGCUAUGACAUUGAACGACGUGAUCGUGCAACAGGGCGGUGGAUUAGGCUGAAUAAAGAGCCAACCAAGGAGAAGGAGUAUCUGGACGAGCAUGUGGCUGAGGGUCACCAAUACGAGUACAGAGUUACAGCAAUAAAUGCUGCUGGUCCUGGUAAAGCCAGUGAUGCUUCCAACGUCAUCACAGCCAGACCCAUGAAGGAGAGGCCGAAACUCCAUCUCGAUGCCCUACUGGGUCGCAAGAUCAGGGUCAGAGCUGGAGAGCCAAUUCACAUCGAUAUACCGAUAUCUGGAGCCCCCACACCUACUGUUUCGUGGCUCAAGGACGGUGGACGACUUCCAGAUGUCUAUCGUAUGACCACUGAAACCAAGAGCGAUCACACUGUUCUGCUUGUUGAAAAAUCAAUCAGAGAAGACGCUGGAUUCUACACAGUUAGCGCCACUAACGAGCACGGAAAUGACUCUGCUGACAUCCAGGUUAUCGUCGUGGAUAAGCCCUCACCACCGAAGGGACCACUGCUCUACUCUGGCACAAAUCACGAAUCAGUUUCGCUAUCGUGGAGUCCACCAGACGACACUGGUGGUGCAGCUAUUACAAAUUACAUCGUAGAAAUUUGUGACUUUGGUAUGGAUAACUGGAGGCAGGUACCAGGAUACUGUCCCACUUGCAAUUUCACAGCUAGAGGUCUGCAGGAAGGCAGAAGAUACAUCUUCAGGGUGCGUGCCGAAAAUCUUUAUGGAGUGUCUGAGCCUCUCGAUGGUAAACCAGUGGUCGCCAAGAGCCCCUUCGAUCCCCCAGGUGCACCAAAUCAACCAGAAAUCCUUGGUUAUACACCCAACACGUGUACCCUCGCCUGGAAUCCACCAGAGAAUACUGGAGGCAAACCAAUCACAGGGUACUACGUUGAAAAACGUGAAAGAGGUGGCGAGUGGCUCAAGGCCAACAACUACCCAACACCAAAUACAACAUUCUCAGUUCAGGAUCUUCAUGAUGGUAGUCGUUACGAGUUCAGGGUGAUUGCAGUGAAUGAAGCGGGACCUGGUGAUCCCAGCAGGGCAACAGAACCCAUAACAGCUGGACACCAGAGACUGAGACCCGACGCACCAGAGCCUCCCAAGGCCGAUCGAAUAACGAAGGACUCAGUUACGCUCUCGUGGCGGCCACCGAGGAACGAUGGAGGUGCCAAAAUCAGAGGUUAUCACAUUCAAUCGAAGAGGAAGGACGAGGCAGAUUGGAACGAUGUCAAUGGUGCCAUUAUCACUGGAAAUGUCUACACGGUACCCAAGUUGCGAGAAGGGGAUGAAUAUCAAUUCCGUGUGAUUGCUGUCAACGAUGUGGGCAAGAGUGAUCCCAGUCGAGCCAGCAACCCAAUCAUUAUCGAGGAACAGCCCAACAAACCAAUCCUCGAUUUAAGUGGACUGAGGGAUAUCACAGUUCGUGCUGGUGAGGACUUCUCCAUUCACGUACCCUACAUUGGCUUCCCCAGACCCACUGCCACCUGGUUCGCCAAUGAUGUCGUUCUCGAUGAGACUGACAAACGAGUUCAUCAGCAACAAGGGGACGACUACGUCAGUCUAGUCGUCAAAAAUUCAAAACGCAAGGACGGUGGGCAGUAUCGUCUUCAGCUUCGUAAUCAGGCUGGUUUUGAUACAGCGACAGUGAAUGUCAGGGUUCUCGAUCGGCCUGGUGCACCGCAGAACCUCAGGGCUGAUGAAUUCGCUGGUGAUGCACUCACUCUUUACUGGAAUCCACCGAAGGACAAUGGAGGUGCUGAUAUCACCAAUUAUGUAAUUGAAAAACGAGAGGGAAGACUCGCCUCUUGGGUGAAGAUCAGUGGUUACGUGACAACACCAUUUGUUCGGGUUCGUAAUCUCAAUGUUGGACAGGAGUACGACUUCAGGGUGAUGGCGGAAAAUCAGUAUGGGACAUCGGAUCCCGCUGAGACCAGGGAACCCAUCAGAGCGAGAUAUCCAUUUGACGUGCCAACAGCACCUGGUGCACCUCGAGGUAUUGAGACCAGUGAGGACAGCAUCACUGUGUCAUGGACGAAACCGAGGAGUGAUGGGGGAUCACCCAUCACUGGGUAUAUCCUCGAGAGACGUGGCAUCAGCGAGGAGAAGUGGAUCAAGGCUACACCAAUUCACAUUCAAGACACCAUGUACAAAGUGUCUGGACUGAUUGAGAAUCAUGAUUACGAGUUCAGAGUGGCAGCUGUGAAUGCUGCAGGCCAGGGGCCAUUCAGUGCAAGCUCAGAUGCCAUUCGAGCUUGUGCACCAACAUUUGCACCGAAAAUCACGAGUGAUUUGAGCAUCAGGGAUAUGACUGUAAUCGCUGGAGAACAAUUCACCAUCACUGUGCCCUACACAGCCAACCCCAAACCCAGACCAAACUGGUCUAUCAAUGGAGAAGAAGUCUUCACAGAUUCGAGAAUAAGAUUUGAUACAUCAGAUAUCGCCUCCAAGUUCAUCAACAUCAAGGCUAAACGCAGUGAUACUGGAAAUUACACGAUUAAUCUCGUGAAUUCUGUUGGAUCUGACACAGCGUCCUGUCGAGUGCUCGUGGUGGAUAAGCCAUCCCACCCGCUGGGACCCCUGGAUAUUUCGGACAUUACUCCAGAGACUUGCACCCUCGCCUGGAAGCCACCGUUCGAUGACGGUGGCUCACCAGUUACCAAUUACAUCGUCGAAAAAUUGGAUCCUGGUGGUUAUUGGGUGAAACUCUGCAGCUUCGUCCACAACACUCAUUACAACGUCAUUGGACUGGAGCCAAAUCGAAAAUACAACUUCAGGGUUCGUGCCGAGAAUCAGUACGGUGUGUCAGAGCCCCUCACUGGAGAAGAACCAAUAAUGGCGAAAUUCCCAUUCAACGUGCCAGAACCACCGAGUCAGCCUCGAGUAAUCGAUUGGGACUCAGACAGCAUCACCAUACAGUGGGAGAAACCAGUGUCAGACGGUGGUUCACGGAUUCAGGGGUACAAGGUAGAGUGGCGAGAUCCUGCGGAUGAUGCACACUGGAAGGUGGCGAACGAUUAUCUCGUCAAGGACACUCAUUACGUUUGCUAUGGCCUAGCCAGCGGACACGAGUAUGAGUUCAGGGUGCGAGCGAAAAAUGCAGCUGGCUUCAGCAAACCAAGUCCACCCUCUAUCCAAUUCAAACUCCGAAGUAAAUUCAACGUGCCAUCACCUCCUGGCACACCACAAGUCAUCAAAGUCGGUAAGAAUUACGUGGAUCUCAGGUGGGAGGCACCAACGUCAGACGGUGGUAGCAGAAUCACUGGAUACAUCAUUGAGAAACGAGAAAUUGGAUCGGCAAUUUGGCUCAAGUGCAAUGACUACAAUGUCACUGAUCUCGAUUACACGGUCAUGCAUCUUAUUGAACGUGGCGAUUACGAGUUCCGUGUAUUUGCUGUGAAUGCUGCUGGAAGAUCAGAGCCGAGUACCUGCACGACUCCAGUCAAGGUGUGUGAGGUGGAGGGUGGAGAGAAGCCAGAAUUUUUGAGACCACUUCCAGUGAGUCAGGGCGUGCCACUGGGUAAGACAUUCGUCCUGGAGUGUCAGGCGAGUGGUAAGCCCAUACCAACCCCCCGGUGGUUGAGAAAUGGACGAGAAAUCACCAUGGGUGGACGAUUCAGAGCUGAGACUCACGAUAAUGGCCUCUUCAGGCUCAUCAUCUCCGAGGUGUGGGAGGCUGACAGUGGGGAUUACAGCUGUCAAGCUGCCAAUCCGUUGGGCAUUGCCACCACAACAAUGAGACUCAAAAUUGGCACUCCACCUCGUAUUGAACGUAUGCCACAGGUUCUCCUGCUUGUGGAGAAGGAGAACGCGAAAAUCAAGAUACAUUACUCUGGAGAUCAGCCCAUGGACAUUGUCCUAAAGAAGGAUGGCCACAAGGUAGUGGAAUCAUCCCACAUCAAAUACACAGUCUUCGAUGAGUACCUCAUUGUCUUCAUUAAGGAUAUUGAGAAGGACGAUCAAGGAAUCUACGAGUUAUCAAUCAGCAAUGACAGUGGAAGUGUCAGUGGAUCGUUCACAGCUCAAAUCACAGGUACACCAGGACCACCAGUGGGUCCUUUGGAUGUCUCUGAGAUCAAUAAGCACACCUGCACUCUCUCCUGGCUACCACCGAAGACAGACGGUGGUCUUCGUGUCACUCACUACGUCGUUGAGCGCAAGGAAAUUACACAGGGCCACUGGUUGACAAUAUCCAGCUCCUGCAAGGACACCAGCUUCCUCGUUCAAGGUUUAACCGAGGGUCACGAGUAUCUCUUCAGAAUUCGCGCAGUCAAUGACAACGGAAUGGGACCACCACUUGACGGUACAAAUCCCAUCAGAGCAAAAGCACCAUUUGACCCACCAGGACCCCCUGGCACUCCAAAGGUACUGGAGAUCGGUGGUGACUUCGUCAAUCUCUCCUGGGACAAACCAGAGACUGAUGGUGGGGCUAAAAUUCAGGGAUACUGGAUCGAGAAACGAGAGGUGGGCAGCAAGUCCCAGGCAUGGAUACGUGUCAAUCCUGCCAUCUGCCCAGCGAACAUCAUCAAUGUCACGAAUUUAAUUGAAGGCAGGCAAUACGAGUUCCGAGUAUUCGCCCAGAAUAUCGCUGGUCUCAGCAAGGAGUCCACAGCCUCAACUUCAGUGAAAAUUGUAGAUCCACAGAUCAAUAAACCCCCAGAAAUCCUCAAGGGCCUCAAGAACGUCAACUGCAUUCAGAAUCACAAUGCAGAAUUCAAGUGCAUCAUCACAGGAAAUCCCACGAUUACGUGGUACAAGGGUGCACGUGAACUACAGAACAGCUCCAAGUACCAAAUAUUCACUGAAGAGGAUUGUCACACUCUUGUUGUUCGUGAUGUCUACGGAGAAGAUGCAGACGAGUACACGUGUCGUGCGGUGAACAAAGGAGGGCACAAAUCAACGAAAGCAGAGCUCCUCAUCAUGACACCACCUCGUCUCAAUGUUCCUCCACGUUUCAGGGACACAGCGUUCUUCGAUAAAGGUGUCAAUGUCGUCAUCAAGAUCCCCUUCACCGGUUAUCCCAAGCCCAAGAUCACGUGGGUGAGGGAGGGUGAGAAUAUUGAGUCAGGUGGACAUUAUUUCGUCGAGGCAACAGAACGUCACGCCAUUCUGACAAUUAGAGAUGGACACCGAAAUGACUCUGGCCCAUAUCGUAUAACAGCAGCUAAUGAGUUAGGACAGGACACUGCAAUAAUCAAGGUACAGAUAAGCGAUCGUCCUGAUCCACCGAGAUUCCCCCAGGUCGACAACAUCGGUCACGACUCACUGGCUCUCAGCUGGAAGCCACCGAUGUGGGAUGGUGGCAGCAAUAUAACGAAUUAUGUUGUUGAAAAACGAGAGCACCCGAUGACCAGUUGGAUUCGUGUUGGAACCACAAGAUUCUGCACAAUUGCUGUUCAUGAUUUGUCACCUGGACAUCAGUACGAUUUCAGAGUUUCAGCGGAAAAUGUUUAUGGGAGAUCUGAUCCCAGUGAAGAGACACCACUGAUCACCACCAAGGGAACCAAGAAGAAACCUGUGCAAAAGUACGAGGUCAAAUAUGACUCCAAGGGGAAGAAGAUACGGGGAAGGGACGACGAGAAGGUCAAGGAUUACGAUCAGUAUGUCUUCGAUAUUUACAGCAAGUAUGUGCCACAGCCUGUCGAGAUCAAGACAACCUCGGUUUAUGAUAAAUACGAUAUCCUCGAGGAAAUUGGAACUGGGGCGUUUGGAGUGGUCCACAGGUGUCGAGAGAGAUCCACUGGAAAUAUAUUCGCUGCCAAAUUCAUCCCAGUGGCCCACAUUAUGGAGAAGGAGCUUAUCAGAAAGGAGAUCGAUAUAAUGAAUCAGCUGCAUCAUCCUAAAUUGAUUAAUCUCCACGAUGCAUUUGAGGACGACGACGAGAUGGUCCUCAUCUUCGAAUUCUUGUCAGGUGGAGAGCUCUUCGAGAGAAUAACUGCCGAGGGCUAUUUCAUGUCUGAGUCAGAGGUGAUAAACUACAUGAGGCAGAUCUGCGAUGCAAUUAAGCACAUGCAUGAGAAGAACAUCAUCCACUUGGACAUAAAACCAGAGAACAUAAUGUGUCAGACGAGAAAUAGCACGAAUGUUAAAUUAAUUGACUUUGGAUUGGCCACAAAAUUGGAUCCCAAUGAAGUAGUGAAGAUCAGCACUGGAACUGCUGAAUUCGCUGCACCGGAAAUAGUCGAGCGUGAACCGGUGGGUUUCUACACAGAUAUGUGGGCAUGUGGAGUUCUGGCUUAUGUCCUGCUGAGUGGUCUAUCACCAUUCGCAGGUGACAACGACAUCGAGACCCUGAAGAACGUCAAAGCCUGCGACUGGGACUUUGACGAGGAGGCGUUCCGCCACGUCUCCGACGAGGGCAAGGACUUUAUCAGAAAAUUACUCGUUAAGAACAAAGAGAAACGUAUGACAGCACACGAGUGCCUCAUCCAUCCCUGGCUAACCGGAGAUCACACCGACAGAACCAGCAGAAUCUCCAGCAGUCGUUACGUCAGCUUCAGGGACAGACUGCGAGCUAAAUACGAGGACUGGGAGAAAUAUGUUUUACCCAUUGGUAGAUUAUCCGAGUACUCGUCCCUCAGAAAACUCCUCAUCGAGAAAUACAGAAUUUACGAUUCAACGUUUGACAGAAGACAGGCAGCACCGAGAUUUGUCAUCAAGCCUCAGAGUGCUUUUACAUACGAGGGACAGAGUGUCAAAUUCACGUGUCGUGUGAUUGCCAUCGCAGCACCAACACUCUCCUGGUACCACAAUAACCAGGAGCUCAGACAGUCCGUCAAGUUCAUGAAGAGAUAUAUCGGAGAUGAUUACACGUUCAUCAUUAAUAGAACCAAAUUGGAAGACAGGGGGGAGUACGUUAUCAGGGCUGAGAAUCAUUAUGGAUACAGGGAGGAAGUUGUCUUCCUGAAUGUUCAACCAAUGCCCAGGGAAAUGCCACCGUAUAAACCUGAUAUUGCACCAGUACGAUACAGAGAGCCAUUGCCUCAGUACUUCUGGCUAGAGCAGACUGAAUCUGCUCCUUGUUUCACUUUUGCUCUUCGUCCUCGUGUCAUGCAGAUCAGACAAACAUGCAAACUUCUCUGUUGCCUGAGUGGCAAACCAACACCAACUGUCCGAUGGUUCAAGGACAGUCGAGAGUUAUCCAAACAUGAGUAUGCAAUGUCCACAUCUGAUGGAGUCGUGACUAUGGAAAUUGUUGACUGUAAACCAUCGGACAGUGGAAAAUAUCGUUGCAUCGCUACCAAUGUUCAUGGCUCUGAUGAAACAAGCUGUGUUGUCAUUGUCGAAGGAACCGGCGAGACUGAAGAACAAAUCCAAUUAGCUCACGAUUUCUUACAUUCUGGAGAUCGAAAGUACAUCGAAAUGCCGAUCAAGCCAGCGCCUCCACCAAUCAUAAUAAAGCAAGAAUUCAAAUCCCAAAGCUACAGUAGUAAACAGAAUUCAUCAUUAUCAUCAAGUAGAAUAACUCAGGACUACUCGUCGGACAAGAAGAGCCUGAAAAAAUAUGGAACGAGAUUGGAUUCAACCGGAAGUCCAUCGAGAUCGAGGAACACGACGAGGGAAUUGGUGCAUCAGUCAGACGACUCGAUGAGACCACCAGAAUUUACCAAAAAAUUGAAGGACCUAACGAUCAAUGAUGGUGAACAGCUGGAGCUGUCGGUGAAGGUCGAUGGGGAUCCAGAGCCCCAGAUCAAGUGGACGAAGGGAGGAAAGGCCCUGACAUCCUCUGAAGUCGUUGAUCUCAAAUACAAAAAUGGUACAGCAACUCUGGUGAUAAAUGAAGUAUUCCCUGAGGAUGAGGGAGAGUACAAGUGCACAGCGACCAAUAGUGUUGGUACUGUCAGCACAUCGUGCAGAUUGACUGUUAAACCCAUGGCAAAUACUGGAGGGAAAAAGUCAGGGGGUGAUAAACCACCGAAAAUCGUUGAUCAUCUGGCAUCUGCAUUUGUCAAGGAUGGGGAGUCCGUUGUUCUCAGCUGUCGAAUUAUUGGGGCUAAGAAAUUCGACGUUGUCUGGCUGCAUAAUAACAAGGAAAUCAAACCCAGCAAAGACUUCCUGUACACCAAUGAGGCCAAUAUUUAUAAACUCACAAUUGCAGAAAUAUUCCCCGAGGAUUCUGGUACCUACACCUGUGAGGCAUUCAAUGAUGCUGGAGAAAGUUUCUCCUCGUGUACCCUCAAUGUUCUUGUUCCUAAUGAGGAACCAAAGAGCCCAGUGUUCGCGACAUUCCCAGAGUCAGCAACAAUAAACCAAGGGGAGGCUGUACGUUUCACCUGUAGAACCGAAACUGCCCCAUUGAAAGUGACUUGGUUGAAGGAUAACAAGCCAAUAGACGAGACGAGCAGUAGAUUCACGUUCUCCUCAGAUGGUGACAAGUCCUUCGAGAUAAGUAUCAAGUCCUGCACAGCGAGUGACAUCGGCCAGUACACAGCACGAGCUAUUGGCAAAAAGGGUGAAACAUCAGCUGCAUUUGCUCUCAAUGUUAUCGGUAUCAACGACCAAUGAGCCCCCUGACUCUGGAAUAUUUUUCACGCAAUAUUUAAAAAAACUUGAUUUUUCACCAGGCAAAUUGCAAAUUUCAAUGAAAAAAAAAAAAACUAAAAAUGAACGCAUAUUUUCAUUAGAUAGAAAGAAACUCUCAUGUAUAAAAUAUUAAGUGAAUCAUCUUAUUUAUUAUUAUUGUUACUACAUUGUUUUAACUUUUUUUUCUUCUUUUCCGUGUGUUUUGUCAUAUCGCCUUGAAUUGGAUAGCAGGAGCCAUCCAAUUACAUUUACGUCUCUCUCUCUCUCUCUCUCUGUCACUCUCUCUCUCUCUUCUAUUCUCUUUUUCUUUUGCAACGCUAAUUCGAGCUUUAAAAAACUCCAAGUGAUGCGAAUUAUAACUUACAACAAUAUGAGCACACGACGAAGAAAAAAGGAUUACAUGCUAUCAGAUCGAGUGUCGGAUGGGUCUCUGGAAUGUGGUACUCGUGCGGUUGUCCAGCAUCCUCACGAGAAAUCUUGCAAAGGUAUAAUCCUACGAGUAUCACUUUACCGUCUUCUCUCUCUCUCUCCAUUUUUUUGCACCGACUUAUCCGGCAUUUGCUUUGGUAUCGUGGUAAUUUUUUUUUAAUUUCACUGUAGCCGAUAAUUAAUGUCGUGAUAGAUUUGUUUGAAGACUGCUUCCGUUACAACAUGUACGAUGAAUAAACUUUCAUGACUCAAAACCA